AUGAAAACAAGAGAGAAUAAAAAAAUAAAUAAUUAAAAGUUAGUUGAAAAAAAAAUAAAGAAAGAAGUUGGCAAACCGGUAGGGUUAUAUAAAAUUAAUUUAAAUCCUCCUGAUAUAUGGACUAGUAAGAUAAAAGAAGUUCAAUUAAUAUCCUAUUUUGUUAAUUUAGGAAGGCAUGUUUGUCUACAUCAAGCGAUUUUUUUUAAGGAUUUAAAAAAAGUUGAGUAAAACUCUCUUAAAAGAUAAGAGAUUCUUAAUAAUUUAAUAAAUCAAAAAAAAUUAUAUGAAAAAUUAGAACUUAUAGCUAGACACUUAUUUGAAUGGAUUUGUUAAAAAAGGAAUGUUGUAUAUUUCUUUAGAAAUUAUCAUGAUGAUAAACCAAAGUCAAAACAUGCAAAUUUUAAUAAUAAGGAAUGGAAUUAUAUUUUGAAAAAUGUUAAAUUUUUGUUUAAUGAUAAGUUUUAUUAAGAACUGCUUUUGAUUUUAGAAUAAUUUGAAAAAAAUGCCACAGAAGAAGAAAUUGGAAAUUUAUUGAUUAGUAAGUCUAAAACAGGAUAAUUAUCAGAAGUUCCAUAAUUUAUCUAGAAUUUUUUUCUAAUACUGAUAAAAGAAAAUAUAGUAUCCUUUUAACUUUGCUAAAUUACAGUAUAAUUUUUAGAAUAAUUAAAAAUUUUAUUCUACUAAUCAAUAGAAUAAUAAAAAACUUUACUCUAUUAAUUAAUUGGAAACUUAAGAUAUAUUAUGUCACUGGUGGUUCAAGAAGAAAUUUAUUCUGAUACUAGCUAAUAAGACAUAGAUUGGAAUAAUGAAAUCUUUUUUCAUUCGACAUCAAAUUGA